AAAGAAAAAAGAAUCGCCGACGGAUACAUUUUAACCACGGUUGUUCGGCGACGUCUCGCGCUUUCGAGCUCGCUGCAGCACGACUUGAGUGGUAACAGCGUUCAGUGUCUCUGUGCUGGGACCAGCGGUUGCUCUCGAAAAUAUGGGACAGGCGAGGUCUCGGUUCCUGAGCGUUUCGGUGCAGAGUUGCCGGCAUUUCACGAGAUUGGAGUCAACCUGCCGAGAGAUCGGUAUCCUGGGAGCCCCUCUGCGUUCUGGUCAGCGGAAGAAAGGCGUAGAAGAGGCUCCAAAGUUCCUCCGCAAAGCCGGCGUGAUCCAGAGGCUGGAAGCUCUAGGCUACAAGGUGAAAGAUUAUGGUGAUGUCGCAGUAGAGGGCAAUCCAGACCUCAUAGUGGACAAAGCAAUUGAAAGUGACGUCGUUGGCAAGACUACCAAAAACAUCCGCGACGCUGUGGCGGCAGCGGUGAGCUCGGGUCGGCUCACCGUGAACCUGGGUGGAGAUCACAGCUCGGCCAUCGGGACCGUCACCGGGCACGCAGCUGCCACCCACUCGGACGUGGCCCUGAUCUGGAUCGACGCCCACGCUGACAUGAACACCGUCAGGUCGAGCGGCUCCGGUAACCUCCACGGAAUGCCUGUGUCGUUCCUCUUGCACGAGAUGGCGCCUUUCGUCACGAAGCCUCCAAGUCUGGAAUGGGUGCAACCCUGCGUCCACAAAGAAAACUUCGCCUUCAUCGCGCUGAGAGAUGUAGACUCAUAUGAGAGGUACUUCAUCGACCACCUUGGCAUAACGACGUUUGGAAUGGCCGAGAUUGAUCGCGUAGGGAUAAGGGAAACCAUACAGCGCGUGCUGAAGAAGAUCAAUCCCACUGGAACAAAAUCUCUACACGUAAGCUUCGACAUUGAUUCCAUCGAUAAACUCAUCGCUCCGAGCACUGGAACUUCAGUUAUCGGGGGCCUUACAAUGAGAGAAGCCUUCGUGAUUGCCGAAGAGGUACACCAAUCAGGACAGCUCAGGGUCCUAGACCUGACAGAAGUGAAUCCUCUGCUGGGAACCGUGGAAGAAGUCACGCGAACCGUCGGCUGCGGGGUGGACGUCAUCAGCGCCUUCUUCGGAAAUCAGAGGAACGGAAAUCCGCCUCUCGAAGUGGACUCUGCCGUCGUCGGAGAAAACACUGUACACAAAGGAUCACGAUAGUACAAGACGUUGUGAAUCAUCGGGGACGUUUAGUUCAAACAAUGGUGCCUGCAGUGCCUCUCCGACUGGUGUGUUUACCACGUCCUCAAGUGUGGUCUUUCUGUUUCCCCCUGAUGACGUCAUGAAAGUGUCACGCUGCUGCUCGUCGCGAUGCUUGCAGUGGCACAGCAUCGGAGGUGGAUCCGAUAAGCGAGCGCACGUUCUGCGGCAGGUCGCCCGAGCUGCGGCUAGACAGCCGAUGGAAACCACAGCAGACACGAGUUGGGACGCCGCGACGACGGCAACCCUUGCGUUAGGUUCUAUAUUUUGACGGAACUUUUACAACCAACCGCCAGGAUCACGUCAUUCGACAGCAUGACACGCCAGUUCCUAGCUGCGGGGCAAUUUGUUGCCACUUCGGAACCACUUACGCUGCAUCGACAGGAUAAAGGACGGUGAACACACCAUUCGAGGACGUGUUCCAGGCAUCGCGGUUAGAACGAACUUUGGAGGAUGAGCGCCAUGUCACGUUCCCAAUCUUUGUUUCUCAGUUGGUGGGCUAGUUAUCUCGCUUUCAACGCAGAGCAUCAUUUGAAUUUCAUUGUCUUAAUCAAAGUGUUAAAUGCGUUUGAUUCCCCCCCCCCCCCCCCCCCCCCCCCCCCAAAGAGGGUUGCCUAAAUAACCUGAGCGACAAUCUUAGCGCGAACUUCAUGUUUUUUCGUUAAUGAUAGUCUUUAGUAUAAAAAAAGGACAUCGAUUUUUUUUUCGCGUUAACGGUGUCGCGCUUUUUACAUCAAUUAAUCUGACCGGAAAACAAUAUAUUCUUAAAAAUCUCACUCCGGAGCAUCAUCAACAAACUGCACUUUCGAACUCGGUUUUGGGACGCUAAAUGCAAUAAGCCGGAGUGCAAAACGGUGCCUGUAAAACGUACCGCAAUUUACGCGCCAGGGGUUGAUUUAAAAGUUUUGCUUUAAACCAUACGUGAGGGGCAAAGAGCGAGGCGAUUAAUCCAGGGCGACAAACCAAAAGUUAACUCUGAGCGAGGACUUGACCGAUUUUGCUCCUUCCUUUUGUGUUCUAAUGAGUCGCCGCCUCAUAAUCGAAAAUAAAUAAAUAAAAACGGGUGCCCCUUACCUGAGAAUAAAAGCUUAAUAUCCCUUUUAUCACUACUACAUUUCUUCUCCAUCCUUUUUCACUUUAUUGCCACUGCGCUAUGAAGCCUCCAUCUCAAAAACCACCGCCCUCGCGGAUUUUCGGAGCGUCUAAACCAUGUACACUGCUCGACCUCGUUAACGCGAACAAGCGAUCAGCGGAUUUUCCACUUCUUAUAAUAAAAUCUAGAACCCCAGGCACAGUGCUCAUACAUCACGCAAAAGACAGUCUGGAAACACGUCUGAGGCAUGUGUCUGUAUGUGUUUAUUUUGUUUAUGACGGUCCUUUUGCAUUGGUCGUGCAAAAGCUGCCUGCGGACAUGUUCAAAGCACACAUAUAUGUGUCAAGCAAACAUAUCCUUGAGGCAUGUCCUCACAUAAUUCUAUCAUCAUGUCUGCAAUGAGCAAAGUGUCUCUCUUUUUUUUACACUGUGCGAGUAGUGUAACUGCGGCUUAAAGGUUGCUGUCAAAACUACAGCGGCGGUGGAAAGUACUGACUUACUGGACUAACCCAAGCGGUCAAAUUUGGUGCUCGACAAUGUCCUUUCAAAAUAACAUAUUAAAAAUGUCCGUGUUCGCACUAACCGUGUCGCUGAGUGUGCAUAUAGCAAGCGAAAAACUUGCAUCGCCGUCGCCACUAACCUUCUUAUGACAUCCCUAAGCUACCUUCAAUUGAUUCGAAGGGACAGAUUAGUUUUGGUGCUUUUGGUGUUACAUCUUUUUCCGAGCUUUAUUUAGGCAACUUGAUUACUGCGCGAGGAAAUUAAUGUUGACGCUCCCCGAUGAAAAUAUAUUUUUUGCACAUUUAAAUAUUUGGUCCGUGAGCUGCAGAACU